AAACUCUUAAUGAUACUUUGGAUUUUGUUCGACAACAGCACUCGACGAGUUCGUUAACAUCCUGGUGCAGGUUGACCCAAAUCAGAUUGGUGGACCAUUUUAAAUGGCGACCGCUCCAAAACGAAAGGGUGAUCCAGUUACUACAAAUUCAUCGCAAGAUUUAGUCACUGAUCAGAAUUCGGGCCGACGGGUUGAGCAGAAGGUUUACACGUUCAAUAGCGAGAAAACCAACCAGGCAAAACCUUCCACUCCUGCGACCAAAGAUGAGAAGACCAAGCCACAGAAGACCAUUCUCGAGGAACAUGGCAUCAUAUUGGGCAAGGUGAUUGGCACGGGUAAUUAUGCUAAGGUCAAGAUCGGUUUCUCCGAGGAAUACGGCAAGCGCGUGGCCGUCAAAAUAAUUUCCAAGGUCAAAGCUCCAUCCGAAUACACGCAAAAGUUUCUACCACGCGAAAUUGAGGCUGUCAAGGGUCUGCAUCAUGAUAAUCUCAUAACAUUCUAUCAAAGCAUCGAGACCAGUCAUAGAGUAUAUUUGAUAAUGCAGCUGGCUGAGAACGGCACAUUGCUGGAUUAUGUGCGCGAUAAGAAAUAUCUGGAUGAGGCGCAGUCGCGCACUCUGUUUAGGCAAUUGAUCAGUGCUAUUGAGUAUAUACACAGCAAGGGUGUCGUGCAUCGGGAUAUAAAGUGUGAAAACUUAUUGCUAGAUGAUAACUGGAAUCUGAAGCUAAUCGAUUUUGGAUUUGCGCGCAAGGACACGCGCACCACCGAGAAUCAGGUGGUGCUGUCAAAGACCUUUUGCGGCAGUUAUGCCUAUGCAAGUCCAGAGAUAUUAAAAGGAGUUGCUUACGAUCCAUUUAUGUCAGAUAUUUGGGCUUGUGGCGUCGUCUGCUAUGCGAUGGUCUUUGGUCGCCUGCCCUAUGACGGAUCCAAUGUACACAUAUUGCUGAAACGCAUUAAUCAGUCGCUGGUGUUCCCCAAAAAUCCAACGGCUUCCAGCGAAUGCAAGCAUAUGAUUAUGCAUAUAUUGGCACCCGUUAAGAUCAGAUAUAAUGUGCCGCAAAUUAAGGAAGAUCCUUGGUACGGUCAUAAAUAAUUCUGACACCAGUCCAGUUCUCUCGCUGUCAUCGUAACAAAAACAAAAUUUUUAGUUAAUAAAUCUGCUUAAUUAGGUCAAGAACAUUAAAAUUUAUUCACGAAA